ACAUGGCGAAACCCCGUCUCUACUAAAAAUUCAAAAAUUAGCCAGGCAUGGUGGCGGGCACCUGCAAUCCCAGUUACUUGGAAGGCUGAGGCAGGAGAAUCACUUGAAUCCGGAAGCGGAGGUUAUAAUGAGCCGAGAUGACGCCUGUUCACUCAAGCCUGAGAAAAAGAGUGAAACUUAAUCUCAACAAGUAAAAAAAAUAAAAAGAUUAUUCAAGGAGGGCUCAGGGUCUGGGGCGAGCCCAGCCAGGCCCCGCCCACUUCGUGUUCUUCGGCGGAGGCGUGCCUCAGAUUGGCGCGAAGGUGAUAAAGAGGCGUGACCGGAAAGGCCCCACCCUGCUCGCCCCAGUAGUACUUAAGCGAGUUGGCUGGGCGGCUGCACUCUGCUCCGCUGCUCGGCCUAGCGAGAGUGAGUGGAUCUCUUGCACUACUCUUGCUCGACUGGGUGACCCCGGCACCUCGGCCACCAUGCCGCGCUCUUUCCUUGUCAGGAGGCCCUAUGACCCCGAUCGGAAGCCAAACUACAGCAAGCUGCAGGACUCUCAUCCAGAGUUUACCUUCCAGCAAGCCUACGAGCAGGCCCACUUGCUGGCAGCCACCAUCCCAUGUCCGGAGAUCCUCAAUCCCACCGCCUCGCUGCCAACGCUCAUCUGGGACGCUUUCCUGGCCCUCCACGCCCAGCCAGUUGCCCAGGCCUCCCUCCAGUUGGGAAUCUCCCAGGACAGUCGCAAGGCGGCAGAGCUGAACUCGCUGUCGGAUGAGGACAGCGGGAAAGGCUCCCAGACCCCCAGCCCACCGUCACAGGCUCCUUUGUCUUUCUUCUCCACUUCAGCCUCUUCCUUGGAGGUCGAUGCCGAUGCCGCCUUGCCAGGCUUGGGCCAAGUGCCCAAGCCGCUGGCCCAGCUCUCUGAGACCAAGGAUUCCCAGUUUCGAAAAGCCUUCAACUGCAGAUACUGCAAUAAGGAAUGCCUCAGCCUGGGUGCCCUCAAGAUGCACAUCCGAAGCCACACGCUACCCUUCGUCUGUGAAACCUGUGGGAAGACCUUCUCCAGACCCUGGUUGCUGCGGUGCCAUGUCCGGACCCACACCGGUGAGAAGCCCUUCUCCUGUCCCCACUGCAGCCGCGCCUUCGCCGACCGCUCCAACCUGCGGGCCCACCUCCAGACCCACUUGGAGGUCAAGAAGUACCAGUGCCAGGCGUGCACUCAAACCUUCUCCCGAAUGGCCUUGCUCAAAAAGCACCAAGAGUCGAGCUGCUCAGGGGGCCCCCACUGACCCUAGAGGCUCCCUCUUCCUCUCCAUACCUGAGCGCCCCCCAAAACCAACAGCCUCCCCAAGCUCCAGAAGGAAGGAUCCCACGUCCUUCUCACUGCCACGUAAUUCCCACUUCUGGCUGCAUCGGCCCCACGGGACUUUGAUGGAAACCCUUUCUGAUUCUGUUCCCUCUGCCUGGAUCCCUCAGCGGACUCUGAAAGAGGCCUUCCCGUGGCCAUAUCUGUGGAUGACUGGCUGGAGGGCAGCUGGCAGCGCCAGCUCGGGGGCAUUAUUGAGCUGGCCUUUCUGCGCGUGUUUGUAUUCAGAGCUGUUUGGAUAUAGCUGCUUUGAGCUACAGGACAAGAGCUGACAGACUGACUGGGAAGUUCCCACCCCAGUCAGGGGACCCCUCCUUCCUGCCCAGGAACCCUCAGGCCACCCUCCAUGAGGUGUGACUACAAUAAUCGACCCCCAGACUCAGCCACACCUUCGAGGGAGCUGGCCAACACCAGGAUGUGCCUAGAGCCUGAGAUGCCCGAGGCUGGGCAGCUAUUUCAGCCUCCUGUUUGGUGUGGUUUACACCUGUUCCCAGGCAAUUUAACAGUGUCCCAAAAGGGACUGUGAAUAAUGGCGGCCCAAGUGAGGUGCUCUGGUUUGCCGGAUGUAUCUCCCAGAAUUAUUCUGGGAGCCCAACUAGUAGCCUGGGAGGAAUAUGUUUACAUUUUUCAAGGUACAUUGAUACUUAUAUUUCAAACAUUUUGCAUGAAAGAAACGUUUUGUAUAGUUAUGU